AAAAAACAAGGAGCCUUUUCAGUGGACAACAUUAAACCAGUGAUUGUGCAGAAUAUUCCAUGCUUCCUGCAGCACAGCAUGACUUGGUUUCAGCAGGGGCUCAGCUUCAUCUUAGGGUCGCUCUUACUGGCAGCGUCCACAUGCCAUGGGAAACUGGUUUGUAAGGAGGGCCAGAGCGGUCCUACACAUCAAUCUGUGAAAGCCGUGUUAGACCUGCAACCCUUCAGGCCAGCUGUAAACCUCAGUAACCCCACCAUUGCCAACAUCUCCUUCACCCUUUAUGCCGUCCUCGGAGUGAAUGAAAAAGCUCAGAUACUGACUACAUUUCUGUGGCUCAGACUGUUCUGGCACAAUGAGUAUCUGGUUUGGGAGCCGGAGAAAUGCGAUGGUGUCACUAGGAUUUCUCUCCCUGUAAAGGAGCUGUGGUCUCCAGACAUCAUUGUUUACGAGUUUGUGGACGAUGAUGUCUCCCAAGCAUGUCCUUAUGUCUACGUGAACCACACAGGACACAUUCGCUGGGACAGGAUGCUGCGGCUUGUCUCAGCCUGCAACCUGGAGAUUUUCAGUUUUCCUUUCGAUGUGCAGAACUGCACAUUUACAUUUGGCUCUUACAUGCAUACAAUACGUGAUGUGAGACUCAGUCCAGCUCUGACUUUCAGUGAGAUGUCAGAAAACUCAAAGCAAUACCUGGAAGCCAGUGGAGAGUGGGAGCUGGUGGACUUAUUGGGGGAGACGUCCAUUCUGCGGUUUGGGAUUGACGAGUGGGACAUCAUCACCUUUUGGGUGGUCAUAAAGCGUCGUCCAGUGCUCUAUGUGGUUAACCUCCUGAUCCCGAGCUCCUUCCUCAUGCUCAUAGACAUCCUGUCAUUCUACCUGCCCCCCCAUAGUGUGGACCGAGCCUCCUUCAAAAUGACCCUGAUCCUGGGUUACACUGUUUUUCUGCUCAUCAUGAAUGAUCUGCUGCCCAGCACAGCUAAUGGGACUCCCAUCAUAGGUAUCUAUUUCUCUGUGUGUCUGGCUCUCAUGGUCAUCAGCCUCCUGGAGACAGUCAUCAUUACCAAUGUCCUCCAUCACAGCUCCAUGAAGUACCAGGAAGUUCCAAACUGGGUUAGAGUUGUUGUCCUUAAGCAUAUAGCCAAUCUGAUCUGCUACCGCUGGCCCGACGAUGUUCGUCCAAGUCACAAAGCACAGGAGGAUAAACCUGGAAGCUCAAGCUGUGGCACAGAAGCUUGGGUAAUCAGUCAUGGAAUUUANAAUGGGACUCCCAUCAUAGGUAUCUAUUUCUCUGUGUGUCUGGCUCUCAUGGUCAUCAGCCUCCUGGAGACAGUCAUCAUUACCAAUGUCCUCCAUCACAGCUCCAUGAAGUACCAGGAAGUUCCAAACUGGGUUAGAGUUGUUGUCCUUAAGCAUAUAGCCAAUCUGAUCUGCUACCGCUGGCCCGACGAUGUUCGUCCAAGUCACAAAGCACAGGAGGAUAAACCUGGAAGCACAAACUGUGGCACAGAAGCUUGGGUGAUCCAGCCGGUCAACCAAGCAGCGGACAGGCAUACAGCCUCCAAUGCAGAUACAGUUUCUCUCCCUGAGCUGCAGCUCAUCUGUCAGUACCUGAAGGACCUCCGAGCACAUCUUCUGUCUGUGCAGAAGGAGAGCGAGCUGCUGGACCAGUGGUGUCACGUGGGAUACGUCCUUGACUUCCUGCUGUUUCGUAUCUACUUGCUUCUGAUCAGCUGCUACGCCAUGGUCAUCAUUACUAUGUGGUGCAUCUGGAUCAGCCAAUCUUAACUGAAUGUGGUUCAUAUUAUUAUUGAGCUAUUUUUCUGUCCUG